CUCCUCUCUAAUGAAUCAGUCAAUCAACGAAUGGCGUCGGUCAGCCGACGAAGACGCGCUCGAUGGAGUCGAUAUGCUGCUUACCUGUGUGCCAAUCAAAUCGCACACACAACAGCCAACCGACACUAUGAAAUGCCACCAAGCGCUAGCCAUCGGCGUGCUGUUUUGUAUCCUCACACAUGGGGCAAUCCACUAGUGGAGUGUUCCACUGUCCGAAGCACGUGUCGCAAAAGGCUGACAUCCACACACACACACAGAACAUACAAUUAGGGACACAGAAACAGACAAGAGCUCGACACGCAGGGAUGACCCACCUAAGUGUUUGCAGGGUCGAAUGAGUUGGGUUGGCUGGCGCUCCCGGCAGCCCACACAACUCUGCAGACCAUCUAUGAUCGCCUCACGCCGCGCUACCUGGCACAGACGCCACCGACAGACCCGUGUAGCAGUGCACACACGCCGCCUUCAGCUGACCACUCACUGUGUGCGCGUGCGUGUACGCACCUCUGACUGCAGUCGACCCUUGUCCUCGGCGAGGCGGCUGCUCUCUCCCCUGGCCUCCCUCAUCUCCUCCACCAGCUUCUCAUUCACCCCCCUCUCCCUCUCUACGUCGCUCUCCAGCUCCCUCACCCGCCCUACCAGCAUGUCGGUCGCCCUCACGCGAAGGGUCUCAUACACACGGGCGGUCUUCUGCGCGCCGUCGUCGAUGCGGUGGAAGAUGGCUUGGAUGGCCUCUACGGGUGCCUUCGGCGACAGGGCGUCGAGCUCAGAUGCGAGCCUGCAGAGAGCGGAGGGAGGGGUGUGGUGUUGUCUCGUCUUGUCGGUCUGUGUGGCGUUGGGUGGUGGGUGGCUCACGUGUCGGGGUGGUUUGCCUUGAGUUCUUUGAUCUGCUCCUCGGUGUCUGCCAGGCGCUUCUCGGCGCCAUGCUUCUCCUCCAAACACCUGAACCAAACAUAGCACAUGGAUAGACACAUGUGUACCCAUACACACGCAGGCGGGCGCACCUGUUGUAUUUGUCGUUGAUGUCGGUCGCGUAUUGCCUUAGCCGCUCGUUCUCGCGGAUCUGCUGCUUCAGCUGAGACUGGCUCGUCGCGUAGUAGCCAGACAAAUCGUCACAACUGCAUACACGCAGCGCACAGCACAACAGACGGCGAUAAGUCACGAGCUGGUGCCUGUGUGUGGCGUCCGGGAGGGAGGUACCUGUCGAUUUGGUCCUUGAGCGCUUGUAUCUCCCUCUGCUUUUCGCGCAGCUUCUGGCUCAGCUGCAGGUUCUCGUCCCUCAGCUCGAGAUGCUCCAUCAGGUUGCGACUGUCCUCCGUGCGCAGAGGUAGGGGGCAAGGAAUGGGCUCACUGACACACACACACAAACAUCACACAAGGCAUCGCACACCACCCAGCCCAUCGCGUUUGGUCGUGUUUGUUACCUGACAGCGGCCUCUUCCAUCGAGCUAUCGCCAGACAGGCUAUCCAACAGCAGACUGCUACCGCGCCCCACCGCCACAUCGCCGCUACUGUCAGACCCGUUCUCGCCCUCCCGCCCCUGCUCCUCCCAGCCCCCCUCGGCCUCUCCCUCUUUCCCUCCGUAUUCCCCAUUCGUCUCGUUCUGUGCCGCCACAGACGCGGGACACGCUGCGCUAGACGACGACGGCUCUCCCUGCUCGCGCGAGCUGCUGCUGCUGCUGCCGUUGAGCAGCGCCUCACGCAGCGAAAGGGACUGUGCAGCAGGUGGUGUCCCACUGUUGGCCCCAGCCUUCUUGUUCUCAGGGGACUUCUUGGCGCCCUUGUUGAGCCGAAACAGACUCUCCAGCCGUCCCGCGCCCAAACGAGGCGUCUCACGGUCGUUGGCCGAGGCCGACAUGCUGCUGCUGGGGAGAUCUGGUGGCACUACGGUGUCGUGGCUGGUGUCAGCAUGCGUCGCUCCCUGCUCGUGGGGCUGCGGAGAGGUGGGGACAGCUAUGGGGAACGGCGGGGGUGGUUCCAGUGAGGGCGCGAACGGCUGUGCGACACGAUUGGAGCGGCCUGGCGAUGGGCGCCACGCUAGUGUGCGUGCAGGAGGGCUCUCGUGGCGCCGCCGUCUAUCGUUGCCGCGGUUUCGAUUCCUGCGGGGGGGCCGCCGGCUGGGGCCGACACUCUGCUCAACCUGAUGACAUACAGACAGACAUUCGGACAAAAGGGGAUGAGCGUGUGUCUGCGUGAUGCUCACUCGUCUGUCGCUACGGUUGAAGGAUGAGCGCUCACGGUCUCGCUCGUGGCCCGUGCGACUCGCUGCAGUGCACGGACACAUGCCAUACCAUCACCACAGGUGACGGCUGGGAUGUAGUGUGUCGUAUCGUAUAGUGUUCUGCUGCCCUGUACCUACCUUCGCGCCAGGCGUAUAUGGGCUCGUGGCCCGUACACGUGCCUGCAGGGCCAAACGGGUUAGAAGAACCGACCGGCCGAAAGGGACCUUGCUGCAAACCGCCGCUGCUCGAUGGCGAUGGGCGAAGGACGUGUCGGAAAGAAUGAGGGGCAGGGCUGUACCUGGAUGGAAAGACAGACAGAAAAGGGCGCAAACGAACAAAGGAAAGGUGUGGGCUUCUACACGUCUAGUCGCCACCGUUGAGCGUACCGAUCUGUGCAUUUUGGGCAUUGUGGGGGUGUACAGGGCGCACAGAGAAAGAGAAAGCACACAGGGCACACACGCCGUUCAAGUCGUUUCGCGUUGAUGUGUUGCGUUCCUUCUUUGUACCCGAAUCUCUCAGCCCACGGCCAAAGGAAGGACUGUGCCCGAAGUGUGACCUGCGCAGCACAGAGGGAAGCGAAGCGUCAGACGAGGCAGGGCAGCACAACGGCAGUGAGAGCCAGGAUGCAGACCUUGGUGGUGAGGAUCGGUCGCCAGCAAGGAGGUUGCCAAUUCCCCUCAUCCAAAUCAGACUGCCUCCUUUCCUC